AUGAGCAGCGAAAAAGAGCUGGAGAUCGAGGCUAACUCUCUUCGAAGAGUAGCCUUCUUCGGUGUUGCCAUCUCCACUAUGGCUACCUUAGUUUGUGUCAUAUCAGUGCCAAUGUUGUACAACUACAUGCAGCACAUGCAGUCGGUAAUGCAAAGUGAAGUCGAUUUCUGCAAAUCGCGCUCUGGCAACAUCUGGCGAGAAGUCACUCGGACACAGGUGCUAGCAAAAGUUUCUGGAGGAGCUUUGAGAAGUCGCCGCCAAGCUGGAUACAGCAGCGCUGGUGUUGAAGGCGGCUUCGAGUCAGCUCCUAGCGGAGUAUGUUGCGGCUGUGGUGUAUCGCCUGCUGGACCACCUGGAGCUCCAGGACCGGACGGUGAGGAUGGAGCUGAUGGUCAACCCGGUGUACCUGGAAAGGACGGACCUGAUGGACCACCACCUACUCCUGCUCCCGAACAUGAAUUCUGUUUCGACUGCCCUGAAGGUCCUAUAGGACCUCCUGGAAAUCCGGGACCAAAGGGACCUCCUGGUAAUCCUGGGUCUGAUGGACAGCCUGGAGCACCUGGACAAGCAGGAGCUCCUGGAGCUCAAGGCCCGCCUGGACCCCCUGGAAACGAUGGACAACCAGGAAGUCCUGGCGCACCAGGAGCUCCUGGACAACUUCACGAAGUUCCUGGCCCGAACGGCCCACCCGGCCCACCAGGACCUCCAGGACCACCUGGACCAGAUGGACAACCUGGAGUGGAUGGACAACCUGGACAGCCAGGAUCACAAGGACCUCCUGGAGAUAAUGGAGCAGCAGGAGCGCCUGGGCAGCCUGGAGCUAAUGGAGAAAAUGGGCCUGAUGGAGAGACCGGAUCAGCAGGAGGAUGCGACCACUGCCCACCACCACGUACCGCUCCAGGUUAUUAG